GCUGGUUCAUCAUCCAUGAACGAACCAUGGAGCACAAGCCAAGAUCAACCGAAAAGGGCCGAAGCGUCUCAGAGGUGGUGUAUCUGGGCUUCUGAUUGCAUGAUUUAGCAGUGGAUCAUAUGCAGGACCACUUAAUUGCCUGUUGGACAAGCUACAAAUAACUCAACCGUCAUCAUGCUGCUCCAGUUCGAUGGAACUUCUACACGAAGGUCUUUUGCUACCGUGGUCAGAUGGCGGACCUCGAUCCCAACGUGUGGUACCAUCUCACGGAACGGCGCGUGAACUUCAAUUCGUCCUUGCAAGCCGUCAAUGCGCAUCCUGUCAAAGUGUGGCCGUAUCACAAGGAUAGACACGAACAUUGGCAAUUCCUCCGCCUUGACGAUGGGAAAUUUCAGAUUCGGUACCGCGCGACGACGUUAAAUAAACAGCUUAGCACAUGCUGGUUUCCCAGAGACAAGCAGAAUCUUCCGUCGCAGCCGUGCUUGAGCGAAGCAAAUGGAAGCGAUGAACAGAAAUGGAUGAUCGAGAAAUGGGAUGGUGGGAAUGACUAUAAAAUCCAGAAUGUGUUGAAUGGAUCGAGGUUCAAUGUGGAUGUGCAUGUUGGCAAUCCGGUUUAUUUUGAGGAAGCUGCCACUGGACAGGGAACGGAUCGGCCUGGACAGCAUUGGCAGUUCAAGUCGGUCGCGAAUAUUGAUGAUAGAGUUUAUCAAACCCCAAUCACGAAUAUGCCAGUGGCGACAGGACACACGACAUCUUUUCCAGCGUCUGCAACAGACAGUAUUGCGCAACCUGGACCUGAGUCAUCCCUUGAUCUAUCACAACAUAGUGGCUUGUCUACAGGAAAAAUUAUUGGAAUUGCUGCAGGGUGCGUUGCUGCUGUGGUGUUAGCAGGGCUCGCCGUCUUAUAUGCGCGAAGACGCGUCAAGCUGGCUAAGGCGCAAGUCAGAAGUGACAGCCUUGGGAGACCCUCGAACUCACGAGUCGUUGAGCUAGGAGACUAUGAAAGACAUGAGCUGGGGAAUUGCAGUCUUGUCGAGACUGAAGGCAGACAUCCUCGGUAUCAAGGUCACCACAGCGCACAACAGGAGCCUGUAGAGAUUGACAGCAAAAUAGACAGGAGACGAAACGGCCUGAGCAUCUGACUACAGUGAAGGCAAAUCGUAGGCAUCGAUAUUAGUACGGCUGGACAAGCUCCCGAGACGCUAAGACAUCGUUCGCUUAUGGUAUACUUGGUG